AUGAACGCUGCUGUGCGUCUCACUGCUCGCGCGGUCCCGCGCAUGGGUUCUCUCACCCGCCCGGCUAUCGCCCGCAACGCCAUGCGCCCCAUCAUCGCCCAGCGCGCCGCCUUCUCAGUCACUAGCCGUGCCUUGAAGUCCGAGGUCAUUAAGGAGACCGAGGUCCCUGUCACGGUCUACUCGCCCGACCACAAGGGUGUCGCGUCCGGCAACCAGGCUGGUCACUUCAACAUUCCCGUUAAGAACGGGGCUGCUGAGGCCGCCGCUGCCGAGGAGGAGCUGGAGAUCGUCACACCCCUUGAGGACAAGGUCUACGACCAGCUUCCCCGUACCAUGCAGAAGAUGAGUGUGCAUGGGAAGGUCAUCAUCAUCACUGGUGGCGCCCGUGGUCUUGGAAACCACAUGGCUCGCGCUUGCGCAGAAGCUGGUGCCAAGGCGAUCGCCAUCUUCGACGCGAACCAGGAUCUCGGCGAUGAGUCCGCCGCUGAGCUUCACCAGAAGACCGGCCUCCCCGUGUCCUUCUUCAAGGUCGAUGUCCGCGAUGGCAAUGCCAUCAACGCGGCCGUCCAAAACGUCGUCGACCUCUAUGGCCCUCCCGAUGUUCUUGUCAACUCGGCUGGUAUCGCCGACUCCAACAUCAAAGCGGAAACCUACGACUCUGCCAUGUUCAGGCGCCUGAUUGAUAUCAACCUGACGGGCUCUUUUCUCAUGUCCCAGAGCGUGGGCCGCGCCAUGAUGGCUGCCGGAAAGCCGGGUUCUAUCAUCCUGGUUGCUUCCAUGUCCGGUUCCAUCGUCAACUACCCCCAGGAACAGUCCUGCUACAACGCCUCCAAGGCUGGUGUCAUCCAGCUCGGCAAGUCCCUCGGUGCCGAGUGGGCCAAGCAUGGCAUUCGCGUCAACUGCAUCUCGCCUGGUUACAUGGACACCGCACUGAACAAGGUCCCCGCCCUUGAUGCGCAGAAGAAGAUCUGGAAGUCGCUCACCCCCCAGGACCGCCUGGGCAACGUUGACGACCUCAACGGCCUCUGCGUGUUCCUCGCGUCUGACGCCUCGGGCUUCAUGACGGGUGCCAACGUCAUCAUCGACGGUGGCUACACCCUCUACUAA